AUGAAGGUGUUCGUUACUGGUGCUACUGGAUGGGUUGGAACCCCUACAGUUCAAGAGCUUAUUAAACAGGGUCACCAUGUGGUCGGUCUUGCUAGAUCAGAUGAAUCUGCUCAAAAGCUUAAAGCUAUGGGGGCAACAGCGCUCAGAGGAGGAUUAGAAGAUAUUAAUGUGCUCAAGAAAGGUGCUGCUGAGUCGGAUGGGGUGAUUCACCUUGGAUUCAUCCAUGAUUUCGCCAACUUCGAGCACUCCAUUAAGGUCGAUGCCCAAGCGAUCAAGACCAUUUGCGAAGCUCUUGAAGGAACUAAUAAAGCUCUUGUUCUCACCUCAGGGACCCUUCUUCUUUCUCAAAUGUCAGAAGGUGUGGCUGAUGAGCUCUUGGAUAUUUCACAGGUCUCGGGCCCUCUUUCAGCAAGAGCGCAUAAUGAGAUGUGUGGUAUGAAGUUUGCUAACAAAGGGGUGAGAGUCAGUUGCGUAAGACUUGCGCCAACCGUUCACGGAAAAGGAGAUCAUGGUUUUAUUCCACAGAUCAUUUCACAAGAUAAGAAAUAUGGGGAUUCUUUCUACAUUGGUGAUGGUCAAAAUGUCUGGCCUGCAGUCCAUGUUUUGGAUGCUGCCAAAUUAUUUACAUUGGCUCUUGAAAAGGCUCCGGCGGGAUCAGCCUUCCAUGGGGUUGCUGAGGAAGGAGUUAGAACUAGAGAUAUUGCCCAAGCAAUCAGUAAAGUGCUCAGUUGUGAAACUAAAUCAAUUUCAAAUGAAGAAGGUGCUGAGAAAUUGGGAUUCUUUGGAAUGGUGUUCUCCAUUAACAAUCCAGUGUCUAGUAAGAAGACCAGAGAAAUUUUGGGUUGGGAUCCUGUUCAAAUUGGAUUAAUUGAAGAUAUUAUCGCUAAUUAUAAAUGA